AAAUACCUGUACUAACCCACAUGGCACUGUAAUUUUGAAAAACUAAUCUGAGCAAGAUUUCAACCUUCAACUGCAAAUACUAUCAGAUACUAUUAUCAAAGCCCUAAGAGCUAGCUAUAGAGCUGGAGUGAGAAGAUGUCAGGAGCAGAUGAUGUCGACUGGGUGGCUGCCAUGGAGGAGCAAGAGCAACGGCAGCUCAGAGAGAAGUUGAGCGAGUCCCUCAAGCUCAAAGACAAACCUGCCGCCAGUGAAGCAGAGCCUGGAAGUAAAGAAGCAGAGCCUGAAAAUAAAGCAGAGCCUGGAAGUACAGCAGAGGCUGCAGCUAGCCCAGACACUGGAGAUACUCAGACAUCAGUGGCCGAGGCCUCCCUACUCACCAAGGUCCUCCGUACCAGAAUAGUGGAUAACGUUCACGAUGUGGAGGUACAGCAGAAGGAUCCGAACUCACCUCUCUAUUCAGUCAAGAGCUUCGAAGAGUUGAGACUUCGUCCUGAGCUACUGAAGGGAGUUUAUGGACUCGGGUUCAACCGCCCGAGCAAGAUACAAGAGAAGGCCCUCCCUCUUCUAUUAGCAGACCCCCCUGAGAACCUCAUCGCCCAAUCACAGAGCGGGACUGGAAAGACGGCAGCUUUCGUCCUCUCCAUGCUGUCCAGAGUCAAUCCCUCUCUCAAACACCCUCAGGUGGUCUGUUUAUCGCCGACCUUUGACCUUGCACAACAGACUGGAAACGUACUCUCACAGAUGGCCAAGUUUUCCACUGAUGUCAAGAUGGUGUACGCUGUCCGGGGAGUACGAGUUGAGAGGGGAACCACACUAAAAGAGCAGAUCAUCAUGGGCACCUCGGGCACUGUCCUGGACUGGAUACUGAAGAAAAAGGCGAUUGAUCCUACAAAGAUCAAGAUGUUUGUGUUAGACGAAGCUGACGUUAUGAUUGAUCAGCAAGGACAACAAGAUCAGACAGUUAGAAUACAAAAGCUGCUCCCAGACUCUUGUCAGAAGGUUUUGUUCUCAGCCACGUACAGUGAUGAGGUGAUGAAGUUUGCCAAGCGCGUGAUUCCAGACCCGGUUAUUAUUCGUCUGAAGAGAGCAGAGGAGAGUCUUAAUAAUAUCAAGCAGUUCUAUGUGGAGUGUAGAGAUCAGGACGAGAAGUUCAGUGCUCUCUCUAACCUCUAUGGAGUGGUCAGCAUCGGACAGUCGAUGAUCUUCUGUCAUACUCGUAAGUCAGCAGAGGCGUUGGCUGGCCGCAUGAGUAGAGAGGGACACAAUGUUGCGCUCAUCACCGGAGACUCCACCACUGACCAGAGGAUUGCCGUCCUCAAUAGGUUCAGAGAUGGUAAAGAGAAGAUGCUCAUCACCACCAACCUGUGUGCCCGUGGGAUAGACGUUGAGCAGGUGACACUCGUGGUCAACUACGACAUCCCAAUAGACGUUAACAAGCGACCAGACUGCGAGACCUACUUACACAGGAUUGGACGCACUGGGAGGUUUGGACGGUCUGGGAUAGCUAUCAACUUUGUGGACGGGUCACGCUCAAUGGGUAACCUGCGAACCAUCGAGUCUCACUUUGGCCGCAAGAUUGAGAAGUUAGACAUCAAUGACCCAGACCAAAUAGAGGCGGCAACACAGGAGGACAACCCAUGAUCACAUCACAUGACUCUCUUAACUCCUCUAAACAGUUUCGUAUUCUGUACAUACAUUGUUUACUGAUGACUGUGUUUUAUAUACUGUUGAUCGAUAUCAUUAACCUUAUUCCCAC